CAGGAAGGUGCUGCGCGCUUGCUCGGAGAGUUACGGUAGGGCCCAUCUACCCCGGCGGGAGGCCGGGCGCUUCGGUGUGCGCGUGCGCGGGCGGGCAGCGCGGCCUUGCGCGUGUGGCGGCCUCGUGCGCGGCCGGACAUGGCGAAGAGCCUGAGGAGCAAGUGGAGGAGGAAGAUGCGGGCGGAGAAGAGGAAGAAGAACGCGCCCAAGGAGCUGGAGAGGCUGAAGAAGAUCCUGGGAACCAAAGCGGAUGUCAUCAUGGAGGAGGUCAAGGAGGUGGCGACCGUGCUGCCCCCCGAGAAAGUCCUGGAGCAGAGAGAUGACUGCAAAAUGGAGUUGGAUAAUAAACGAAACAAAAAAACUCUUCUAGACCAGCAUGGACAGUACCCCAUAUGGAUGAAUUCCAGGCAGAGAAAGAAGCUUAAGGCUCAACGUGUUAAAGGGAAAAAAAAAUCCAAAUUGGCCAAAGGCCUCGUCUGGUAAAAUCAGUUUUGUAAGAUCAUGAAUAUUUUAUUUAACAAAAUAAAUUUCCUACAUAAGUUCAUGAGA